UUGCUCAGUCUUGCUACCACAGCGCAAUUGGAUCACUAUCUCAACACAGCGUCGAGUUAUCCCAAGGUCGCUUGCUCCGCUUGUACCUUUAAAUGUCGAUUUGAUCACCACGAGCCAUGUCACUCAAGAUCGAGCGGGACACAGUCAAGGAGACUGUCAACCAGGCUGUCGCUACCCACGCUCCCGUCAACAAAGGCGGCUUGGUUGGGCAGGCCGCCGUCGCCGUCGCCGAAGCUGCUACCGGGAACCUGCCCGGGACCAGCGGCAAGCAUCCUAUUUCGGCUGUCGUUGGCACCGCCCUCACCGGCGGCAGACAAAAUGCGGGCACCAAGGGUUAUCUCGCUGCCUACCUGCGGCAACUAGAGGAACACCCUUUGCGCACCAAGAUGCUCACGGCUGGUACCCUGGCCGGUAGCCAGGAAUUGCUUGCCUCAUGGUUAGCCAAGGACCGCAACAAGCAUGGAAAUUACUUCACGUCGCGCGUUCCAAAGAUGGCAGCCUACGGCGCACUCGUCAGCGCGCCCCUGGGUCACUUCCUGAUCUGGGUCCUGCAGAAGAUCUUCAGUGGGCGCACCAGUCUGCGGGCCAAGAUCAUGCAGAUUCUCGUCAGCAAUCUGAUUAUCGCGCCCAUCCAAAACACCGUCUACCUAGUUGCCAUGGCCCUCAUCGCCGGCGCUAAGUCGUUUCACCAAGUCAGGGCGACGGUGCGCGUCAGCUUCUGGAAGGUGAUGCGCGUGAGCUGGAUCACAUCGCCCAUCUGCCUGGCCUUCGCGCAGAAGUUCCUGCCCGAGAACACCUGGGUGCCCUUCUUCAACCUCGUCUCGUUCGUCAUCGGUACCUACAUCAACACCGUUACCAAGAAAAAGCGCCUCGGCGCCCUGCGCAAGAAGCACUUCGGCGAGGGCCGCACCCCCGGCGGCUCCACCAUCGGCGGGCCUCGCCCCGAGGAUUACCCUCCUAUCGGACCCAACCCUCCGUACUAGUCUCAUGCGGUGGCGCGAGGUCUGGUGUUGGUGGGCGUAGAAACCAAGACUCUUCGGUGCCGCGCCGAAAUGGAUCCGCGGAGGGACAUCAAGGUUAACCGAACCCCCUCCCCGCCUCGUUUUCCCGCAAGGGGGGAUAUGGGGGUGAAGGCAGGUUUGAAACACGCUAUUGAGUGAACCAAGCGUUUUAUGACGGAUUGUGAUGACUUUGGGGUUGCGGCUCCAUUAAGGGAGUUUCGGCAGGGCGGAUUCGUGUAUAAUGUUCGGUGGUUUAUACCUUUAUGUUAGUUAUGGCUGGGAUUGGGUUAUUGCCUUGAUGUGUUGGAUGAAUAUA